AUGGCACGAAUGGGAGCAUCAAACUGCCUGCUCACUUACAAUGUUACGAAUGGGAGCAUCAAUAUGCCUGCUUAUUUACCAUGGCACGUACGCAAGCCUCUAGUUGAGCGUCAACGCCGUGAGAGGAUGAAAGCGAGUAUUGAUCGUCUCAAGCUCCUUAUCGCGGACACAAUUCGACAACAGGUGUCACCAAUGACACGUGUGGACAAGGCGGACAUCCUGGAGCUCACCGUGUUCCAUCUCAAGAUGCUCCAGCAUCAUCAGAGUGGGGUCCGCGUCGCUACCGAAGCCACAGAUGCCGCCUCAUGCACAGCCUCUUACCAGAAUGCUUUCCCGGAUUGCGCACGUGAGGCGGUCACAUACAUAGCUGCAAACGGCGCUUGUGGUCCGGCUGUUGCGACCAGUGUGAGUGGAUAUUUGAGGAGCGUAUAUGCGCUGAAGCUGAAUAGCAGUGAGGCUGUUGAAGGAUGGAUUGAGAAAGUCGAGAAUCGGAUUCCGCAGAUAAAGAAUCGAGAGCCCUAUACAUGA